GGUUGCACGUGCUGUCGAUGAGGAAAUGGUCAACAUGUUAUGAAUGGAUCAAUAGCCUGCGUUUCACUUUCUCAUUGCUGGGCAUGUGAUUUCUGUUAUUCAAACAUCUUUGGUAUUGCUAGCUUGGGUUCCAUUGCUUGCAUAGUGACGUUGAUAUACUUAUAUGAGAAGGAGAUGUACCAAUAGUGGUUACAGUCUCUAGCUAGAGCGAUAGCUAGCAGGUUGCAGACAGUCGUGUAGGUCGCGCCCGGCUUCAGAGUUCCUUCCCCGGUGACUGCAAGCUGGAAAGGACGUGGAUGCGGUGAGGCCCACGGAAACAACAAGGUAACAGUAUGGCUGAGGACCCUCAGAGGAACUUCCGUUCUGCCUAUUAUGAGAAGGUGGGUUUCAGAGGGGUGGAGGAGAAGAAAUCACUGGAGAUAUUACUGAAGGACAACCCACUGGACGUGGAGAAGCUGAGCACUUUCAGUCAGAGAUUCCCUCUGCCCUCAAUGUACAGGAUCCAUGUAUGGAAAGUGCUGUUGGGUAUCCUUCCUCCCCACAGUGACUCCCACUCCCUGGUGGGAGGGUACAGGAGGGAACAGUACCAGGAUGUGUUGGAGGCCCUGAAGGUGAUGAGGUUUGUCCACAUGGCCACUCCCCAGACGCAGGUGUACCUACGCAUGUUCCAGCUGGAGAGCCAAGUGCUGCCCAGACGCUCUGAUACCUCAGCCCCGGACGAGGAGGAUGAGGACUUCCUGUCCAUAGCUCGAGCCAUGGAGGAGAUCGUAGAAGACCCUAUGGAUUGUUAUUGGCUGAUCAAGAGCUUUGUCAACCAGUUCAACAAUAAGUUUGGAGACUCCAUUCCCCACCUGCCCAAGAGUCUGGAGCACUACCUGAGUGUGGAGGAGCCCCGGCUACUGAACCAUCUGAAGAAUACUGGGGCCCUUGCCAUGCUGCCAUACAGCCUGUGGUUCAGACGCUGCUUUGCUGGCUGCCUGCCUGAGUCCAGCCUGCAGAGGGUGUGGGACAAGGUGAUCAGCGGGUCCUGUAAGAUCCUGGUCUUCGUCGCCAUGGAGAUCCUUCUCAGCUACAAGAUCGUGGUGAUGGGGACCAGCAGACCGGAGGGAGUGGUCAGCAUCCUGUGCAACAUGCCCCAGGAGAACACUGACGCAAUAGUGACUAAGGCCAUUGACCUGUGGCACAAGUACUGUGGUACCCCCAUGCACUCUGUAUAGGAUCACAGGUCUCCUGCCGGACCCUCUUGAUGGGGUCAUUAACAUUGGGAUACGCUUGGACUCAAAUCGAUCACAUUUAUUUGUCACAUACUUCGUAAAACAACAGAUGUGGACUAGCAGUGCAAUGGUUUCUUACGGGCCCUUCCAAACAAUGCAGAGAGAAAGAGCAUAGAGAAAUAAUAUAAAAGUAAUAAUAACAUGUCUAUAUACACACACACACGGUGCCAGUACCAAGUAGAUCUGCAGGGGUACAAGGUAAUUGAGGUAGAUAUGUUCAUAUAACUAGGAAUAAAGUGACUAGACAACAGUAUAGAUAAUAAACAGUAGCAGCAGUGUAUGUGAUGAGUGCCUGGUACAGAGGUCCUGGAUGGCAGUGAGCUCAGCCCCAGUGAUGUACUGAGCUGUACGCACUACCCUCUGCAGAGCCUUGCGCUUGAAUGCCAAGAAAUUGACAUACCAGGCGGUGAUGCAGCCUGUCAAGAUGCUCUCAGUGGUGUAGGUGUAGAACGUUUUGAGGAUCUGAGGGCCCAUGCCAAAAAAUGUUCAACCUCUGACUGGAAGUGCCCCUGAGGAACCACUGUGUUGAGGGUAAGUGUGGCGAAUGUGUUGAUGCCUACCAUCAGCACAUGGGAGCAGCCUGUCAGGAAAUCCAGGAUCCGGUUGCAAAGGGAGGUGUUCAGUCCCAGGGUCCUUAGCUUAGUGUUGAGCUUUGAGAGCACUAUGAUGUUGAACGCUGAGCUGUAGUCAAUGAACAACAUUCUCACAAAGCUGUUCCCUUUGUCCAGGUGGGGAAGGGCAGUACCCACGUUGCAGAAAAUGGCAGAUUUGGGCAAUGUUAAAUGCCUAAAUUGGAAACGCAAUGGCUGUACAGUAACAUGACGUCAGAGCUCUGGCUCUGCUCUUCACAGCACUGUUGGGUUUUGACUGACAGCCGUUCUGAACUUGAGCACCUCGCACGACAAGAAGUUGCCCCCAUCCCUCCCGCUAAUUGGGCAACUUUUGAGGGAAAUUCUGUAAAUUAAGAGGAUUCUAUGUAUACUGAAAAAAAUAUUAACGCAACAUGAAACAAUUUAAAAUAUUUUACAGAGUUACAGUUCAUAUAAGGAAAUCAGUCAAUUAAAAUAAAUAUAUUAGGCCCUAAUCUAUGGAUUUCACAUGACUGGGCAGGGGUGCAGCCAUGGGUGGGUCUGGGAGGGCAUAGGCCCACCCACUGGGCGGCCAGGCCCAGUCAAUCAAAUUAGUUUUCCCCACAAAAGAGCUUUAUUACAGACAGAAAUACUCCUCAGUUUCAUCAGCUGUCCAGGUGGCUGGUCUCAGAUGAUCCCGCAGGUGAAGAAGCCGAUUGUGGAGGUCCUGGGCUGGCGUAGUUAAUGGGCUGGCGUGGUCUGCGGAAUUGUGUUCAUUGUCCAUAGCUUAUGCCUGCCCACACCAUAACCCCACCGCCACCAUGGGGCAGUCUGUACACAACGCUCAAAUCAGCAAUCUGCUCGCCCAUACACUACCAUACACAUGGUCUGCGGUUGUGAGGCCUGUUGGACGUACUGCCAAAUUCUCUAAAACAACGUAAGUGGCAGCUUAUAGUUGAGAAAUUAACAUUCAAUUCUCUGGUAACAGCUCUGGUGGACAUUCUUGCUGUCAGCAUGCCAAUUUCACGCUCUGUGGCAUUGUCUUGUGUGACAAAACUGCACCUUUUAUUGUCCCCAGCACAAGUUGCACCUGUGUAAUGAUCAUGCUGCUUAAUCAGCUUAUUGAUAUGCCACACCUGUCAAGUGGCUGGAUUAUCUCGGCAAAGAGAAAUGCUCACUUGCAGGGAUGUAAACAAAUUUGUGCCCAAAAUUGAGGAGAAAUAAGCUUUAUGUGCAUAUGGACAAUUUUGGGGAUCUUUUAAUUCCGCUUAUCAAACAUGGGACCAACACUUUACAUGUUGUGUUUUAUAUUUUUAUUCAGUAUAUUUUGAAAGAUGAAACUUUGAGGAUUUAUAAUAAAUACCAAAUUGAUGUCAUACAAGCAAGCCAAACACCCUUGAGUCCAAAAUGUGCACUUCACAUUUCCAUGUCAUAAAACUAGUCUUAUACCGUGUCAAAGUUUAUGAUCACUAUGUUUCAUGUACAGUUACAAGAUGACACGCCGUCAUACCCUGGGUUAUUUUUAACAGAAUGAUCCUCGGUUUCUCUAUUGUGAAGAAAAUUUGCCACAGCGCAUGCACCUGAAUGCGCUCAUGACUCCUUUCUAUGCGCACCAAAAUUCUGAUCUGUUUCCCUGAAUUGCAUUGUGAAAGCCUUUUAUAAUGUCUUUGUCUAACACUGUAAUAUCGUAUUUUAUACCUUUUUCUAGUCAUGUUGACAAUGGAACAGGCUUUGAAAUGAUGCCCACCUGACUCAGAUUGCGAUUUAUAAUUGACCAUUUUGGAUUGCGUAAGUAACUAAUUGUGUGAUUGCGGGGAUGCAGUGUUGUUCCAAACAAAAUAACUACAAGUGUGCUUGCUGCUCUAGUUCCCGAAUGGCACAGCUAAGAGAGCUCCCCUUAUAGUUGAAGACUCUUCUUUAAAUCAUAAAAGUGCAUUGAAAUUACUUAAACUGUGAACCCUUUAGAAAGGUGUGGCCACUUGGAGAUACCAGUUAAUCCUCUCACUCAAACCCUUGUAAUUUAUUUGUCUUAUGUUGUACCUACCCCACAUUUUCCAGGAAUAUUCUUAUCGUGUUACUGAAUGUAUCAAGAGCAUUUUCAGAUUUAGUUUUCAACAAAUGUGAUGCAAAGGACAGCAUACAGUACUAGUAAAAGGUUUGGACACACCUACUCAUUCAAGGGUUUUUCUUUAUUAUUACUAUUUUUUUCAUUGUAGAAUAAUAGUGAAGACAAACUAUGAAAUAAUGCAUAAGGAACCAAAAAAGUGUUAAACAAAUCAAAAUAUAUUUUAGAUUCAAAGUAGCCACCCUUUGCCUUUGACAGCUUUGCACACUCUUAGCAUUCUCUCAACCAUCUUCAUGGGGAAUGCUUUUCCAACAGUCUUGAAGGAGUUCUCACAUAUGCUGAACACUUGUAGGCUGCUUUUCCUUCACUCUGUGGUCCAACUCAUCCCAAACCAUCUCAAUUGGGUUGAGGUUGUGUGAUUGUGGAGGCCAGGUCAUCUGAUGCAGCACUCCAUCACUCUCCUCCUUGGUCAAAUAGUCCUUACACAGCCUGGAGGUGUGUUGGGUCAUGGUCCUGUUGAAAAACAAAUGAUAAUCACACUAACCGCAAACCAGAUGGGGUGGCGUAUCCCUGCAGAAUGCUGUAGUAGCCAUGCUGGUUAAGUGUGCUUUGAAUUCUAAAUACAUCACCAGCGAAGCACCCCCCUCCACACCACACCAUCACACUUCCUCAAUGCUCCUACUCCAUGCUUCACUGCGGAAACCACACAUGAAGAGAUCAACCGUUCACAAAGACACACCAAAAAUCUCUUGGACUUAUCAGACCAAAGGACAGAUUUCCACUGGUCUAAUGUCCAAUGCUCAUGUUUCUUCUCUUCUUCUUAUUGGUGUCCUUUUAGUAGUGGUUUCUUUGCAGCAAUUUGACCAUGAAGGCCUGAUUUCACACAGUCUCCUCUGCACAGUUGAUGUUUAGAUGUGUCUGUUACUUGAACUCUGGGAAGCAUUUAUUUAGGCUGCAAUCUGAGGUGCAGUUAGCUCUUUAACUUGUCCUCUGCAGCAGAGGUAACUAUGGGUCUUCCCUUCCUGUGGCGGUCAUAAUGAGAGCCAGUUUCAUCAUAGCGCUUGAUGGUUUUUGCGACUGCACUUGAAACUUUCAAAGUUCUUUAAAUGUUCUGCAUUGACUGACCUUCAUGUCUUAAAGUAAUGAAGUACUGUCGUUUCUCUUUGCUUAUUUGAACUGUUCUUGCUAUAAUAUGGACUUAGCCCUAUUUGGUAAAAUACCAUCUGCUGUAUACCACCCUUGUCACAACACAACUGAUUGGCUCAAAUGCAUUAAGAAGGAAAUCAAUUCCACAAAUUAACUUUAAGCAAGGCUCACCUGUUAAUUGAAAUGCAUUCUAGGUGACUACUUCAUGAAGCUGGUUGAGAGAAUACCAAGAGUGUGCAAAGCUUUCAUCAAGGCCAAGGAUGGCUACUUUGAAGAAUCUAAAAUAUAUACUUUGAUUUGUUUAACACUUUUUUUGGUUACUACAUGAUUCCGUAUGUGUUAUUUCAUAGUUUUGAUGUCUUCACUAUUAUUCUACAAUGUAGAAAAUUGUAAAAAUACAGAAAAAUCCUGGAAUGAGUAGGUGUGUCCAAACUUUUGACUGGUACUAUAUGUAAAAAUGCACAUAAAAUCAAGUGUUAUAUUUGGAUUCAGUAUUGUGUCAGGUGAACUGUUGUCCUCACUUUGGUCUAAUACUUUUUCCAUAAUCUCCAAACUGUUCGUGUUCAAUUGCUACCAUUUUCAUAUUCUUCUGUAAGAAAGAAUUCAAUUAAUCCAUAUAGGCCAAUUCCCACGAGUGUAAAGGGUUAACAGGAGAACAUCCAGUCCUCUGCCACUAACACAACAUACAUUGAACUUGGACCCAAUGGAUAAAAUGAAUGACUGUAGAGUACAAAGGGCUGGUCCAGGGCAUGUCAUGGUUGAGGUUACUAUGGUUGUUUCUAUGGGGAAACUGGUCCUAAACCUGUGCUUAGGGAGGAUUACUAAGCAGACAGGUUUGGAUCGUAGCAGCAAUCCACUAUAUUUAUGGCCUGGUCUCAGAUCUGUUUGUCUUGUCAAUUCCAACCAUGUUUGUCAACUCCUCCAACCUACUCAGUUCAGACUCCUUGAAAUGAAGCCCAUUUCCUUGAACAUGUGUCCCAAAGGAAGGAAUUUGGAGGUGGCUUUGCUUGACAUGUGAACAUCUAGCAGAAGAUCACAGCUGAAUCAUGUAUUUAUAUAUCAAUAAACAUGCAUUUAAUGACAGAGAAAGUUGAGUGAAUUGAAACCAGAGAUAUAAUACUCUUCUAUUUCUAUUAUGAAAACAGUUUGGUUUCAGUUAGUGAAGGGAAGUUAUAAAGUUAUAUACGGUGGGAUCUGAAAUUGACACUUGAUAAAAAUAACUUCAUAAAAUAAUUCAAAUACUGAGCUAUAUUGUAUGCAACAAAGUGUACUCAUAAAUUUGCUCAGAGGUAGAGAUUUUGUUUAACAAGUAAUACUUUUUUUCUCAAAGAGAGAGAAUCAUUGACACUCCUGUUUUCAAUAGGAUAAUGACACUGAACCUUUUCUAAAGUGUUUUAUGUGUUGGAGAACAUAUUGGGAGGGAUCUUAGGAUAUCAAGGAUCUGGAAGGAUUCUGUCUAUGUGCUUAUGGGCUGCCCUCUUCGAUUCAAACCAUAUGUUAUAAAUGAUUUUUAAGUCCAGAGACUGAGAUUAUCUUUAUUUGGUUCAUCGCACUCUAGUGACUCCGUGUGCCGUGCCAGGCACCUGCAGGCUGACUUCAGUCAUUAGUUGAAUAGUGUUUCCUCUGACACUUUGGUGUAGCUGGUUUCCGGGUCAUUUCGACGCCAAACCCACCACUGCUGUAACAGCUGACAUAACUUGUCAUAAUAUGGUCAUAACACUGUCAAGACAUAUCUAGAUAGAUCUGUUGUGACAUACGCCGCGUUCAAGUGCUAGUCAGAAUGAGGAAACGUCUGAUUUGCUAUCUGGUUUCCUAGUUCUGACUAGCAUGUGAAUGCGGCAAUAUAUUGCGUUCUUUUUUUGGCUGGUUAUGACACCUACAAAAGUAUCAAAACCCACAAACUCCCACACAAGGCGAACCAAUCCAUUAAACCAUAGCCUGCUUGUAAACCGUAUGUUUGUUUUAAAUAACAUUUUCAAAAAUGUUACAUAUUUAAAUAUCAUUGUAAUUGCACAUACAUUGAUGUCAAACAUGCACCUACCCCAAUACUCUGUUGCUGAUGACUGGGAAAAAUGCAGGAGCAGGACAAGACACCCUCUUUGUGGCUGAUGACUGACAUAAGGGCAUGUAUGUGAUAGGCCUAUCUGGCUUAUAUGAAAUUAAAAUAAAAUCAAACAUAAGUCAUAAUGCUUCUUGAUGGUGUCAUAAAGUGUAUUUUCUACAAGUUAUUCAAAAUACAAUGGAUAAAAACAUGAUUGUAAAACAAUCUUUCCAACAAAAACAAAGGAUUUAACUCUAAAUCGUAUUAUUUAUUCCAAUGUGGUUUUUUCCCUGCCAAGAAGUUUCCUUUAGUUAGUUUCUGCAGCCUCCCUUAAGGUCUUCACCUACAACCCAUGAUGCAGCAGAUAUAGUACUUUCUCUGAAAAGUAAAGAACAGAAAUCAGAAUAGAGUAUUUGACAAUGCAGAGACAGCUCUAAAGAAAGCUGAAAAAUAAAACUUCAUACUAAAUACAUUAUGGCAAUAGCAAACACUUUCUCAAAUACAUUACAAUCCCGUUUUCUCAAUGUUUUCAUAAAAACAGCUCUUAACUAUUAAUGUAGGUAGCUAACAGUGUUUGUUUAGUUAACAUUAGCAUCACUAUCAGUAAGGAGCGCAGGUCUGGUUUUAGAAGUGGAGGGGGAGGGGGUGUAACUUGGCUGUGGUCUGUUUAAAUGUGAUUAAAAAAACAAAAUUGGGCAGCUAAUUUCCUACAUUUCUACACUAUCUAAUAUGACCCAUGGCCCUAUAGCUGUCUCUAUUUAGAACAAAAAGUAAGUAAAAAUGCCCACAAUCAUCAGGUUAGGUAAGAGCAGUGGUGUAAAGUACUUAAGUAAAAAAUACUUUAAAGUACUACUUUUGUAAUUUACUUGACUAAUUAUAUUUUUGGAUGUUUACUUCACUGCAUUCCUAAAGAAAAUAAUGUACUUUUUAACUUUUACUACAUUUUCCCUGACUACCCAAAAGUACAUCGUCAUAUUUUGACAGGAAAAUUGUCCAAUUCGCACACUUAUCAAGAGAACGUCCCUGCUCAUCCCUACUGCCUCUGAUCUGGCGGACUCACUAAACACAAAUGCAUUGAGUGUUGGUAUGUGCCCCUGGCAUGUGCCCCUGGCUAUCCAUCAAUAUAAAAAAAGAAAAUAGUUUGAUUAAUAUAAGGAAUCUGAAAUGAACUACUUAAUAUACUUAAGUACAUUUUAGCAAUUCCAUUUACUUUUGAUACUUAAGUAUAUUUAAGACCAAAUACUUUUACUCAAGUAGUAUUUUACUGGGUGACUCACUUUUUCUCAAGUCAUUUUCUUUAAAGGUAUCUUUACUUUUACUCAAGUAUGACAAGUGAGUACUUUUUCCACCACUGGGUAAGAGAUCCUUAUGUUUAUUGAUUGAUAAGACUGAACUAGAUCAAUGAUAAUUCAAUCAUCAAUAUUGUGUUGCACCUUUAACCAAUAGCCUAACAACUCUCACAAAUAAAGUACAAAGAUGUAUCUUUUGAUUGUCCAUAUUAAGACAUCCUCUAUAUCAAAUUGUAGCCAGACCAGCCAGCCAGCCCGAGCCGCCUGCAUGCCUGACCCCACCAGUCUAGUCAAUAACUCUUCUCUCUCCCCAACAACUUCCUUCCCAUCUUUUUUUUUGUCUCAAGAGGAAAGGUUUGAAAAAAACAAAGUUUAAUAAAAGCACCCAUAUACCUACACAUUAACACACACAAACAGUACAUCCUCCAUAUGAUAUCAUAGGCCUAAUAAUUCUGUAGAGCUCUUUUUGUACACAAUAAAUCGGGGUCACCCCGUCCUGCCCCUAGGGGUCCAUGGCCCUGCAGCGCCCCAACCCAACACACCCCACUCAUCUUUAGGAUCUUAGUGAAACAUUCAUUAUUGGUUUCAGGUGUUUUAAACCAAGGACAGAGUGACAACCAACAGUACGACAGACCCCCUGGGCCAGGACUGAGCAGCCCAGCAGCAAGGGAUUGUCGAAAUAGAUAUCUCCCCUGAUGUGGGCAUGUAUUCAAUACAGACUCCUUUCGACUGUAACUGCUGCUGGCAACAAUUUAAUUACGUUCUUUUGCUGACGUUUACUGACACCAGUCAUAUUCAACAGGUGAUGCACGUUCGUAAACUCCUCAGUUAUUCUGCACUCUGGCACACUCAGAGGAAUGUUUAGAAAUCAGAGUAGAUAGCCUGAGUGAAUUUACGAACGCUGAGCCUUUUUCUUAAAUAUUUUAUACACAUGGUGUAUGUGUAUAAAAUAUUUUAGAAAAAGGCUCAGUGUUGUUAUCUUUGCAAUGUGAGGUAUUUAAAGGUAUUUAAAACAUGGGUGUCAAUGAUUUUGACCCCUACCUAUUUUUGAAAAAAGAUUAUUACUUAGGAUAAAAUAAUAUAAUUUCCCAAUUUUUGGAGCAUUACAAUAUAUCUUAAUAUUUUAAUUAUUUAUUUUAUACAGUAAUUUUGCUCAUCUUUAGCCAGGGUGACAAUCAUUUCGUACACCACUGUAUGUAUGGAAUAGAGAAGGUUGAAGAAAAAAGCAGUUGUUACUGUUUUUAAAUUUAUUUUUUAUAUAUAUUUCCUUUAUAUAAGAAACUGCAUACAUCACAAGCCCUGUUUAUACCUGGUGCUUUCAUAGGUUGGUUGUCCUGAUCUUUUCUACAUUCUGAUUGUGCCCACAUUUCCAGAAAUGUGUCUACACAGGCUAUUAAAAUGUCUUAUCUGUCCACUAUGUCUUUGUUGUGACCAGAUUUCCUUCCUUUAUUCAAAUUAUUUCACAGUUAUUCUUUCAAAAUAAUAUUUAUUUAUUGUAAGAUAUGUUGAUGUAAUCAGUCAAUGGUGCCACCUCGCAAUGAUUUUAGACGGCAGAAAAACAAUGAUUUAAAUGGUUUCUCUGUCCAGAUCUUUCUACACAAUGCAUGCCUGACUACCUCCGGAUGUGGGAAGAAUGAUCUGAUCAUAAUCAGAUCACAAUGUGUCUUUUGAUUUUCUACACCUGCCUAAUAAUGUAGGCAUAACCAGAAUUUGGACAAGAUCCGGACAAAGGACCCAAGUUAGAACCAGGUAUAAACAGGGCUAUAGAAGAUGAACAAAUAGUUAACAAUCAUCACAUGCAGUUUCCUUCUGUACAAAAAAGAAAAACAUAUUUAAAUUCAUAUUUAAAUAUUUAAGUUUCUUUUCUAUUAUGUACAUAUAUUAUACAAAGAGUGUCCUCUUUUGUUAGUUUGGAUACAGGAGAGAGGCACAGGGAAACAACACUGAGUCUUGGGUCGUGUUAUGUUAGCACUCCGUUGUAAAACAUUUUCCUGUUUUGUGCCUAAUGAACAUGUACGCACACACACACACCACAAGUCAAAGGGUUCAGACUAAACGAUCAAGACCAACUCAUCAACUGCAUGUGUUCAUUGUAAAAAUAAAAGAAUAAUGUUUUUCCUUGUA